UACUAGAAGAACCGCGGUCUCCGUCUCCAAAUCCUCUCCCUGCUCCACUCUCACUGAUGAUGGUAAUUGCAAUGGUAACCCCUGCCUUGACCUCUUCCUCAACUUCCGAGAUGCGGAGAAGGCCAGCGCCGGCCGUAAUCAUCUGGAGGAACUGCUGUCGCUGGCCUGGUCCCACAACCCCCUAACUGCACUCAAGCUCAUCUACAAGAUACUCCAGGAUUACUCCUGUGGAAUAGGUAAGGAGGAUACGUUCCGCACCGUGACGUUUUGGCUACACAAUAACCACCCCAAGACCCUAGCGCGCAACGUCGUACCUAUUGCCGGGCUUUUCUUGUAUUUCCUUCAAUUUUGCUUUUUACUGCGUCCGCAUCUCGAUCUAGAAGAGGAACGCCAAUCUAAAUUAGUUGGAGACAUCACGCUGAUUGCGUAUGAAAGGGCGCAUGACAUAGAAGGCCAAGACGUGAGCCAGCAGCACCAGCAAAAGGCGGCUGUCGUCGAGAGGUACGAGCGUGACCCGGAGUAUCGCUUCUUCCACGAGUUUAUUUCGGAUAUUUUUGUGGAGUGCUUGAAGUCUGACAUUGAAAAACUGAAGAAGAAAAACUUGAAGCAACCUAAUGAUGAUCAAGACAACUGGUGGAAGAUAACCUCGGCUGCAGACAGUUGCCUUUCCUUGAGCAACAACUUUAGCGACUCCGCUCUGCUGCUCCAAAGCAUAGCGAGAAAGGUUUUCCCGCGAGAAUCAUACCCUGAAUACCAAGGUGUUGAGGAGGCCGAGUAUGCAGACUCUGUCCUAGACCGGCUGACAGAGGAGGUAUUGCUGCCUAUGGACAAGUUGGACGAAGCGUACAAAUGUGAUAAUAGUACGGAUGAUACAUAUUUGGAGAAGUUGAAAGCCCGCCAGAAGUAUUGGGAGAACUUGAAAGCCGACAAGUCCAAAAUUGAAGCAGAUGCUUUGCUUCCGCAUCAAAUAUUAAGCUAUGUGAAUCAUUGGAAUUUCGCGCAAGUGGCUGAGCUUCAGUGGAAGGCCAUGGUGGAGGGUAUAAAAAAGCAAGGCAAAUUAAACGGCAAGAAGAUAUUCAACAACUGCUUGGCUUUAUGCGACGUUGCCUCCAUGCUAGACAUCGAUAUGCAAAACCUGGACGUGUCUGUGGGUUUGACACUUUUGAUGUCUGAACUGAAUGAAGAACCGUGGAAAGGAAAGGUUAUCGAUUUCAGUGAGUCACCUCAGCUGCAUCUAAUAAAAGGCGAUGAACUUAAGCACAGGUAUGAUUUUUUGACUAGGAGGAUGGCCUGCGAGAGCAGCUGGAAGCUUAAGGUUAAUUUUCAGAAGGUGUUCGAUUUGAUUCUGGAAGAGGCUGUGAAUGUGAAUUUGAAGCCAGAGCAGAUGAUCAAGAAGGUGUUUGUCUUCCCCGGAAGCCCAUACUUUUAUAAUAGUUGGACCAGGUCUGAAGAAAAGGAUUCAGAUAAUAGUUGGAAGACUAUGUAUGAGGGAAUACAGAGAAAGUUUAAGGAGAAUGGGUAUGAUAAUGCGGUGCCACAAAUUGUCAGUUGGAAUAUCUCGGACUACGAGCCAAGGAAGUGGAUGGUGCCUUCUACAAAACCAGGGGUGACCAUCCUGGAUAAUUACUCCGACGAUUUGCUGAAGUUGUUCUUGGAUAAUGGAGGGGAAAUUAUCCCAGAGCUUAGCAUGGAAGCAGCCAUCUCAGGGGAAGAGUAUCAGAAGCUGGUUGUAGUGGACUGA